GUGCCACAGUCACGGCCUGCUGGACAUUCCUUGUUUCCUGCCAUUUCUCAGAGGUGUCUCCAGAUGUUUUACAGAGCGAGGAACGUGACUGGCAGAGGACAGAGAACCUUCAUGAAGGAGAGAGGAAGUAUGACAGUUCUCUCUAUCUCCUCUGGUCAGAGCUCACCCCUAUGUGUGUUUAUCUUCAGCGCUGAGCACAGCAGAGUGUUGAUUUCAUGCAAAGCCCUGUGCUGCCCACGGACAUGGAUAGCAGAGGCUUGUGCUGGGAGAAUCCUGCUGCUGAAGACAGCCUGCUAGCUGUCACCCUUCAAACCAAAAAGCGCAGCUGUGGAGCUGGAGGCUGGGGCUGCUGGCUUUGUCAAGCAGUUGCCUGAUGUUCAGGAUUCAGCCUUUAGAGUUUCUCUGCACUGCCUGCAGUCUGGGAUGGCAAACUCCAGGUGUCAAGCCACGUUACAGUUGCUGAACAAGUUCUUGCUCUGUUCUCAUGGCGUAAAUCCAUGUCCCAGGAGAGAAGGAAACUUGGAUGGGUCACUCGAAAGCUGAAGUAAGCAAACAUGAAUGCACUCGAUAUGACUUCAAUCUUUGAUUUUCUGGAAAAGGCCAACUUAACGGAGAUCAACUGGAUGUGCAACAACAGCGACUGCAUCACAGUCGAUGCGACGGCAUGCCCCGGCACGCUCAACAAAAGUGCCCUGCUCUACACCCUGUCCUUCUUCUGCAUCUUUAUCUUUGUCAUAGGGCUGGUGGCCAACUCCGUCGUGGUGUGGGUCAAUCUCCAAGCCAAAAUGACUGGCUAUGAAACCCACCUCUACAUCUUCAACCUGGCCGUCGCCGAUCUGUGCGUUGUCAUCACGCUUCCUGUUUGGGUUGUCUCCCUCGUCCAGCAUAACCAGUGGCACAUGGGAGAAAUCACGUGCAAAAUAACUCACCUUAUAUUUUCCAUCAACUUGUACGGCAGCAUCUUCUUCCUGGCAUGCAUGAGCGUGGACCGCUACCUCUCAGUUGCGUAUUUCACCAAUUCUAGUAAUCGCAAGAAGAAGAUAAUCCGCCGCUGCAUCUGCAUCCUGGUGUGGCUUCUUGCCUUUUCUGCAUCUCUGCCAGACACCUAUUUCCUUAAGACAGUCUCUACCAGCAAUGAAACCUACUGCCGUCCCUUGUAUCCCGAGGAGAGCUUCAAAGAGUGGUUGAUCGGCAUGGAGCUCAUCUCUGUCGUUUUGGGCUUCCUUAUCCCUUUUCCAGUCAUUGCUCUCUUUUACUUCCUCCUUGCGAAGGCCAUCUCUGCCUCCAGUGACCAAGAGAGGAAGAGCAGUGGGAAGAUCAUUUUCUCCUACGUGGUGGUGUUUCUUGUCUGCUGGCUACCCUACCAUACAACUGUCCUUCUUGACAUCUUCUACAGUCUUCAUUUCAUACCCUUCAGUUGUCAAAUGGAGAACUUCUUGUACGCCACGCUUCACAUCACUCAGUGUUUCUCUCUAGUCCAUUGCUGUGUCAACCCCAUCCUCUAUAGCUUCAUUAAUCGCAAUUACAGAUACGAGCUCAUGAAAGCCUUUAUUUUCAAGUACUCUGCCAAAACUGGUCUCACUAAGCUUAUUGAUGCUUCCAGAGUGUCAGAAGCGGAGUAUUCUGCUCUGGAGCAAAAUACCAAAUGACUGCAACUCUGGCAAGAACCCUCCUUGACUCUCUGACUUUUUUUCCCCCUUUCCUUAUGCUUGUUAUGAACGGGGCAUGAAUUACAGCCUACAAAAGAGAAAUAGCAAACUGUAAUUUAAGAGUAGAAUCAGGCACAAUAUGGAAGUGGUACCAAAACUAAGCGUUUUGUUUGUGUGUUUUGUUUGAUCUCCUCCUAGCCCAGUCUGGACUUCUUGACAAUGCUAUGCAAAUGGAACCGACUUCCUAGCAGACAAAGCCAUUGUGUACCAUAGAUAACAUUUGUUUCCAGGAUAAGCUUUUUCCUUCCAUGUGUAGAUUCCCUCUUGUCUCAUUGUAUAUGUUAUUAUAUAUAGUGUGUUGUAUUUAAAAGCUCGAGACUUUAUUUUCUGGCUAUCGGUGUACCUUAUACAAUUGUAUUUGAAAAUGAAAUAUAUUUUUAUCAUGUAUUUGAAGUAUAUUGCUGUUGAGUGUAUCCAGAGUGCUGUAGUCUGAGUGUUAGGCUGCCAUUUGGUUUUAACUGUCCUUGCUAAGAGGAUGACAAUAAAAGGCAGUAUGGCAAUGAUCUCUGAUGUGCAUCCUUGCUGGCUGGCACGGUUCAUUGACCAUAGCUUUACGUGGUGGUCGUAGCCGUGUGUCUGGAGCAUGAAAUGUAUGUGCUGUAAUAUAGCUACCAUCAUGUUAAAAUUAACAGUAUUGUAAGAGUUGUUAACUCUUAUGCCCGGACUUCACAAACCUGUAUCUUUAUGCACAGAAUGAAUGAUCUUGCUUCUGAGAGUUGUCUCUAUUUGUAAGUUAUUUUUGUAAAAUAAAGAUCUGGAAAAACUA